GUAUUGAACGCCAGACGGAAGAAGAAGUACGUCAUCGGCGGGACUCAGAAGAAGCUCGUCUUGGUUCGAUUCGAGAGAGUCUGGGAAAAAUUGAGAGAACACUCAAUUCGGAGAUAAAGCAUCGCGUUGACGCCAACAAGGCGAUGAAAGGAAUAUUCGAAACGCAGAUAACUGCAGCUCAGGAAAGAAUGGACACCUUUUUCACGGAGCGUCUUGAUCAGCUCCAAAGCACGAUAGAUUCUAUUGGGGAAAGAGUAGCCGCAGUGGAAAGAGAUUUCUCAACGGAAAGGGAACGCUAUAUAAGGGAUAUCGAA